AGCCCUGACGAGAGCCAAUUCUCGCGAGCCUUAGCCUGGCGGAGCUCGGGCCUUGAGUUCACUUUGGCGCCUAAAACAAAAGGGGAGGAAACGGAGGGACGCCAAACGAGCCUCUUCCAGGACAGGCAUUCACAAAUUUCCCCAUUACCACAAAAGAAAAUGACCACAUCAUCUCUUGCAGUAAGAGUGGAAACCUGGCUAUCAUCUACAUGGCAUGUGAAGGUCCCAGAGCGUUGGAUAGAAGCUUGCAUUGAUUGGAUUCAACAAGAAAAUGGUGGUUUACAUUUGGCCCAGGCUUCUCUUAAUAAGCAGGUUUUUGAGCAGUGGCUUCUAACAGAUCUCAGGGAUCUUGAACAUCCUAUUCUUCCUGAUUGCAUUUUGAACGAUCCAAAAGGAGAACUGAAUGGCUUUUAUUCCAUACAAAUAGAUUCACUUGUUGACGUCAGCCAGCCUGCCUAUUCCCAAUUGCAAAAGUUGAGAGGGAAGAAUACUACAAAUGAGGAAAUUACUAACAAUACACAAGGAACUUUGAGGCCCUGGGAGGCGAAGCCUUCUCGAAUGCUGAUGUUGCAACUGACCGAUGGUGUACAUCACAUUCAAGCUAUGGAAUACCAUCCUGUCCCUGUUCUCCAUUGCGAUCUCCCUCCAGGGACAAAGGUCAUGAUACAAGGGAAGGUUGUGUAUCGUUUAGGUGUCCUCCUGCUGAAACCAGAAAACGUGAAAUUAUUGGGAGGUGAAGUGGAUGGUCUCAUGAAAGAAAAUGGUAGAGAAAGAAUUCUUCUUAGACUUCUUGAGAAAGAAGAUGAAAACGUCCCAAGUGCUGUUGCAUCAAAUACUAGAGAGUUUGUGGUUCCGCAACCUCAUGAUGAAGUUGGCCAAAGUCUGGGUCCUUCUGAUGAAGAGCUUCUGGCGAGUCUUGAAGAAAAUGAUGAAUUAAUGUUCAGCGAGGCACCUGUUGAAAGUGGAUAUUGCAGCAGAGGUACAAGUUUAAAUUCUGCCACAUAUUCUCUCCCUGCUAACACAGCAAACUCCUUGCAGCAAGACCCUAUGGCAUACAAUACAGGGCCUGAAGAACAAAACAUGGAAGGAGACUUUGAUGACUUUCCAUUAGAUGACGAUUUGUUUUUGUUAGAGGAGAUCCAGCAAGAAGAGAAACAUGUUCUGGCUACUAGCAAAGAGAGCCAGCGACCAGGAGAAAAGAAACACAGAGAAGGAAGGAUGGAAGAUGUAUCUGAAGGAGGUUUUUCUGCAAAACAUAAUGUGAAACUCACCCAGGAUUUGGAUGAUUGCUUUGAAAACAAGCUUUUUCAGGAGAGAAAUAGUAAAGGCAAUGAUGUGUCAUCCAGCAUUUCUAACAACAGAAUAACAAGCAGUAAUACAGAAUUUGAACUCUCUUCUGACUGUGUACAGAUCUGCAAAAUAAACAACAAAUACCCUGCAAUUGGUUUGGAUUCUCCUCCUUUUACAUAUUUAUCAUUGCUAUUAAGUAGUAAGCCCAAGGAUAUUACAGCUGUGAAAAUUAAAGCAUUUAUAGUCACUCUUUCUGGAAGUCUAACAAGCAGUGGUGGUUUCUGGAGUGUUGCAGCAAAAAUAUCUGAUGGCACUGCUUAUUUGGACGUUGAUUUUGCUGAUGAGAUUUUAACAAGCUUGAUUGGGUUUUCAGUACCCGAAAUGAAAGAGUUACGAAAAGAUCCUGUCAAUUCCUCAAAGCUUAAGGAGGGCUUGCAGAAUUGCCAGAGAGAACUAAUAGACCUCUGCUGCCUGAUGACCAUUGAAUUUAAUCCCUCCCAGACAAAAGCAAGAGUAGUGAUUCUGCAAGAUAUUAAUGCAAAUGAUGUGGAAAAUCUAAAAAGGCGCUUACAGACGUAACAUUGACUUUUUUAUUGUAAUCCUACAAAAAGUUUGCAUUGAAAUAUAUGGCUGUGAUAUCUUACAAUGUUUUAAUAAUUUCUGCUACUUUCUAUAUCCAAGAUUCAUGCAUGAUUUAACAUGGUUUUUUGUGUCUGUUUCUUAAUACUUCCUUAAAAUCUCAGCAAAGUAAGUUUCAGAAAUAAAUGGGAAACAUGCCAUGAGUUUUACAACUUGAAGUUUUACAUUCCUGAUGAUUUUACAACUUUGAAUUACUGACAAUAGGAUGAAGUCUAAACAGUUAAAACAAGGGUGUUAGAGGUAGUGUAUAUGUACUAUGUUUUCAUACUGCAUUUGAAGAAUUUUUGUCAUGGUAUUUGCAAUUAUGCAUUUUGAAAAUAAUGAAAAUAAAUGAAACUAUUUUUAAACAUAGUAGAUUGAUAUCUCUACCUCAGAAAUGCAAAUGCUAUUCAAACCUACUCAGUUGUUUAUGUGAUUUUAUUCUAUGUAUUUAUUUAUACCUUCAAAGUAUUUAAAAAAUACCAAGCAGGCAGUUAAGUUUCAAAAAAAAUUCUUCACAGGGAAAUUGAUGUUUUCAUGAAUUUCUGAUAGUACUAUGUCAGUUAGCAUUAGCCAACGCAAGAAUGAAUGUUGGCGGAAUCCUGCCACAUUUUAAUUUUUCUGUGGUUUGCAAUUAUUUUAAAAAUGCAUAUUUGUUAAAAAUAAGUCCUGUGGAACUCAUUGGGUGCAUGCAGAUAUUAGACCAAAGGCUGAGAUUGCAGUCUUGUACCACUUACUUGGAGUGAACUCCGUGACUUGGUAUGACUAGGAUUUUCUCCUUUAUAAAAUGAAAUGCAGUAAAGAUACAUUAAUUUCAUCUCCACAUAGAAAACAUUAAAAGUCAAUGUGUGUAAAUAUAUAAAGUUGGAACAACAGACUUGACUUCUAAUUUCAAGAAUAUAUACCUCAUCUGAUUGUAUUGAUUGAAAUACAGCAAUAAAAGGCAGAGUCCCCAGUUCUCUCAGCAUAAAUCACAUGAUGGAAUUCGGCUCUGAAUCCAUCCGCUUUCAACCUAGACAUUGCAAGUCCUGAUGCCAAACCCCCAUACUUUGUGGAAUGAUGAUGAUACCUGGAUCCAAUCCAGCAGCUGUCACCAUUCAGAGUGCCUAAACGCCUCAUUGAAAAUCCUUUGGAAAUCGUUCAGAUAGAAAUACCACAUCCCUAAUUAAGAGUUGAAUAAUAUACUGUAAACUGAAGCAAGCGGUUCUUUUAAAAUUAAGAGAGAGAAAUAUGGAAUUGCUCUCUGAUUUGUAAUACUAAUUUAAUAAUGGAGUAUGAAAUAAAAUGAUGAUGAAGUUUUACAGAUACUGUAGUAUGACAAAGUAAUAGUUUCUACUUGAUCUGCAGUUUUGACAUGAAGUGGGUAUGUAUGUAUCUUGAUUUUUGAUCUUUCUGAAGAUGGAGUAUCUUAGAUUUUUGUUUUGAAAAAAUACUUAAUUGAAAAUAAUGGCUGCCACAUAUUUGCAAUAACUGAACAAGUUAAACUUAGAUAAUGAGUUUAAAAGACUCCUGGGGGAAUAGAUACAAUAUCGCCAAAAGAAAAGCAAGUAUAUUUUGUAGCAAUUAAAAGAAAGCAUUUUGAAUGCAUAUAAUGAAUCAUUGUAGUGACAAGUUAAUGAUGUGCUAGAGUAGCUUAUUAGUUGGUGAAGUGCUUUAACACGUCUAGUUGGAGUAGUUGGCCUUAAAGGUGUACACUGAAAUGUGGAUGAACAUACCCAAUUAUAUUCUUCUUUAAAAAAUGGAACAAAACUAUUUGAACCAAAGCAUUAGAAGAGGCUUAGUGCUAAACAAAAUAAAGGGCUGGGAAGCAGGGGAUAAAGAGCAUAUGUAUUUGCAUUAUACAGCUUUAUGCAGACAAAACAAGACACAGUUGUGAACUAUAUUAGGAAUGACAGGCUUCACCGAUCAUGAGUUACUUGAAUCUAAUACUAAAGCAGAUGUGUUCAGAUCAGUAACUGUGAUGUCUCAUGGGCCUUGUAGUCCCGUUCCUAGUACUAUUGUGGCAGACGAGGAGGAAAACAUGGGAUUUCCACCGGUUCUGCUUGAAUCGGAGCCUCUCCACCUGGAGGAUGUUUGUCCUCAGGAAGUUAACCAAACAAGCCUUGGGCAGAAUUCUCCCCCGUUUUCCCAAAAGGACAAUUAUAAUAGAGAUAGAGGAGUCAGGGAGGCAAAUCGCCGGAGUCUCAGAAUUGCAGCCAAACAAUUAGCUGAUUAGGUCUGCUUCCCUUGGGAAAUUCUAAGGAGUCAUGCAUCUGGAUAGAGUUGGGUUUCGCUUCUUGUUCUCCAGGGAAAGUGUUCUGUUGGCGGGAAAACAAGACCCUAUAUAGGGGUUUUGCCGCAAGGGGAACCUUGCGGAGUCAAUUGUUCAGCUUGAGGAGAGAGAUCGUGUGUGGACUUCGUAACCCCAGUUCCUUGUUUCCCGGAUCAAGUUUCCAGCCUUGCCUUGUUUCACGGACUUCCUUGGACUUUGUUCAUGCUUCAUGUUUGCCUCGUUCAAGUCUUUGAUCUAGCCAAGAAUCAAGUUUAUUUUCCAGUCUUGUUGUCAAGCUACAUUGGACUUUAAAGACUCUGUCAUUUCCCCACACUUUGCUUGGCAAAGUGUGUGUUUCGGUCAAGUGGAUUAAAACUUUGGACUCUAAUAUCUUAUAUUGGACAAUACAUUUCUGGACUAUAUUUGACCUCAUCUGAAAGGUCUGCUUCUGAACUUUAUUCUUCACUUGUUUUUAUUGACUUUAUAUAUUUCUUUAAUAAAGAUAUUAGAUAGA